GUCUUACAACGUCAGAUUCAGACACUAGCACUCUUUCAGUUGAUAAUAACAAAUAAUACUCAAAACAUAUACCCGUUUCUUUUUGCAUUACCUUUUUGGAUAUAAAACAGCGUAAAUUUAAGAUUCUUUUAAAUUCUCUUGACCAUAAAUUGUCCAUUCAAGAAAUACAUUUACUUCUUUUUUCGAUUUAAAACCAAAAUAAGCGAGGAACGCAGAAUGUCGUCUAAAUUUGGUGAGAAGCUCGGCCUAGCUAGCAAUGGUAUAACCAGCGAUGAUCUGGCCGCCAUGGAUCCUACUGAGACCGACUUCGCCCUGGAGUUGAAGCCCACCCCCAAGCUGACCUGCAUUCCGGAGCACCAGCGUAAGCGCUUGGUCAGCUCGGAUACCAGUGUUUAUCAGCGUGAGAACGUGUUCGAUAUGCCGGACAAGUCUUGGUCGGUUCUGUAUUUUGGAGCUGGCAAGAACAGGGCCUUUAAGUAGGAACUGCAGAAGCCAAACAGACGACUCGUUCCCGCUGUCCUAACAUCCCGUAUUAGCACCAAUUUAAAUCGAAUGUCUGGCUGACAUUCCGCCUGGCCCAUUGAUUGACUCCCUGACUCCUCCUGGAGCACAUCCAUUUACCAAUCCACCAUCCAUCAAACGUCGCGAAAUGUUAUAUACACAUUAUAUAUAUGAAAAUGAAAAUUCGCCCUCGUGCCAG